CCUGACUUCAAUGACGUCAGGAUGCCGAGAUCUCGCCCGUUGCAAACAAAGAUGGUGGCUCCCUGACCGUACAUGUGGCUCCGCCGGCAGAAACCUUCCACAGCUGAACUUUAACGAGUUGACCGUCAGUGAAACCAGCGGCCGCCUCGCGGAGUGAAGCGAGCUCCUGCUCCGUGAAGUCAAGAUGCAGCACGACGACGUGAUCUGGGACAUCAUCGGGAACCAACAGUUCUGCUCCUUUAAAGUCAAGACCAGGAGUCAGGGCUUCUGCCGCAAUGAGUACAACAUCACGGGGUUGUGUAACCGGUCCUCCUGCCCGCUCGCCAACAGCCAGUACGCCACCAUCCGGGAGGAGAAAGGUCAGUGUUUCCUCUACAUGAAGGUGAUCGAGAGAGCAGCGUUUCCUGCUAAGAUGUGGGAGAAGGUGAAGCUCAGUAAGAACUAUGAGAAAUCUUUGGAAAUGAUCGAUGAGAGUUUGAUCUAUUGGCCUCGAUUCCUUCGACACAAAUGUAAACAACGUUUCACCAAAAUCACUCAGUACCUGAUCCGCAUGCGCAAGCUGGUCCUGAAGAGACGGAGGAAGUUGGUUCCUCUGAGCAGGAAAGUGGAGAGGAGAGAGAAGAGGAAGGAGGAGAAAGCUCUGAUCGCCGCUCAGCUUGACAACGCCAUCGAGAAAGAGCUUCUGGAGCGACUGAAGCAGGGAACGUACGGAGACAUCUACAACUUCCCGGUUCACGCCUUCGAUAAAGCUCUGGAGCAGCAGGACGAAGAUAGUGAGGAAGAGGAGGGGGAGGAAGAGGAAGAGGAGGAGGAGGAUGACGAGGACGUCGGGAAGAGAGAGUUUGUAGCAGAAGAUGAAGUGGAGGAAAGCGACCUCAGCGACUUCGAGGAAAUGAACAAACUGAGGACGAGCAGCGACGAGGAGGAGGAGCAAGACGAGGAGUCGUCCAGUGAGGAAGAGGAGGAGACGAAGGCCUCCGGGUCCAAGGGGAAAUGUCCCGCCAACGGCUCGGCGAGGAAGAAGAAGCGGUCGUACGUGGAGAUCGAGUACGAGAUGGAGCCCGCCCCCAAGAGCACGGCCACAUCGUGAUGUCACAGCCCUCGGCAGCCAAUCGGACUGUGACUGUGCUGAGGACACGCCCCCUCCACGUGGUCAUUGGCUUGUUGGUUAAUGGACACACCUGACCUGGAAUCAGAUCUAAACAAAGUGACUUUUACCUUCUUUAAAAAUAACGUUUUGUUAAAUGUUGAGUUCAUAAAUAUCUUGAAAGUGUCAAUAAAUCAGUUUUGGAAAACAACGUAAA